GUCCUGCUAACUAUGUGUCAUUCUUGAAACUUGACCAUUUUGGUUGGCCCCACAUCCCAUUCCAUCAGAUUGCUCGGGAGCUCAUAUCUGACUUUCAUCGCCUUUCUUCCUAGCUUUGACUUUAUUCUCAACUGUGAGUUAUUAUUGAUGCUAUUAUAACACGCUGUUAAAGGGCGAUUUGGGGAAAUCCACCACCUUUAAAGUUAGCUGACGUUCGCGUUAGCAAAUAAGCUCCAGGGAUGGCUGAGGUUCCUGGGACGUCAAGUGAGACCAUAACGGAGACUGUGCAAACCAGCACACCGCCACCGCCUCAGCAGGAGGGACGCAGUCUGACAAUCAAGCUAAGGAAGAGGAAAACCGAGAAAAAGGUGGAAUGGUCCAGCGACACGGUUGACAAUGAGCACCUAGGGAGGAGGUCUUCAAAAUGUUGCUGUAUUUACGAGAAGCCUCGACAGUUUGGCGAGUCGUCCUCCGAAAGCGAGGGAGACGAUGACGACGAAGGCUGUGGCAGCGCGCACUGUAUCCUGGGCCACGGACGGAGGGAUCACGAACAGAGGGGGGGCGGGGGACCCACGGCGCCCCCAAAGUCUGGAAGGUCACAUGCUCACUAGGUAGCCCUGUCCAUGGAUGGAUGGAUGGAUGGAUGGAUGGAUGGAUGGACGGAUGGACGGAUUGGUGAGUAGCAGGUUAUUGGAUGGUGUGUUUGGGUGGGGGGGUUCGUCACAACAUAGGCACAGGCCUACAAUCUAGCGUUAAGCGCCACCCACCCAUCACAGAGAAAGACAGCGCCAAACUUCAUGCUACCUUCCACACAUGCCAAUUGUCAAAGCUAUUAAGAUGCUACGAAUAUGCUUUCUCUUUUCCGACAUCUAGAAAACAGAAUCUGGCCAAGAUGUGUUCUAGAGUUGACAUUUCCUUUUUGGGUUGUUUUCAAAAAGACAUGAGAAAAGUCCAAACAAUCAAACUGGCAGGAGUAGUCCAUAGCUCAACUAACAUUUAAUCCACACGCAUCAAGAUGCUCUCCGUUUUUUUUUUUUCUUCAUCUUUACAGUAAUAGGGGCACAUGACUCUGUUGAUUUGGACAUAUUUUCUUUCAAUCAAGCUAUUGAUUUGAUAUUUCACUUUAGGUCUGACUCUCUCCUUAAUGUACAUAACAUCAAUCCAGUCAUUUCGAGUCAGUAUGUAUCGUAUUUAGCCAUUUUCUGGUCAGCCUUCUUGCUUGCUACCAACCUCCAUAAACAUUUCUUAUUGACGGUUUUAACCUGUAUUGAUUUGUCAUAAGCACCAACGAAAAACUGCAAGGAAUUUUGAUGACUUACACAUCUGUAUGGAAGGCAGCGUGUCGUUUUGCAUUUCAAGACUUGCUGUAUGAAGAUGGUAAAUAAAAUCGAAUCCUGUCGUGUAUUUUGCGCUUGAUCAUACAGAGCUGUACAACAGAAAUGGCUUGUUUUCUUGCUCUAUAUUCCAAAGCCAUGUGACUGCACUCGAAAAUAGUGAUUACAAGCAGAUUUGAAAUAUGAAGAUGGAUGGAGGCAUGCAUGCAUGCAUGGAUGAAUUAACACCACGCACAACGGUGCUUUACUCAGCAAACUACCACACUCACUACUAAAUCUCGGUAUGCAACAUCAUUACUGGCAGGUGGGUCUAUUUGUGUGUGGAAUUAAUUGAUUGUUGAUCUAUGUGCAGUGACACAAUGUGGAGUGGAGAAACUGUUGAGUCAUUCAUUCCCAACGAUGUCGUUUGAAAGAACAACACAAGCUGGAAAGUCCUCUGUAUGGUUUUGUACAAUACAACAUUGCCAUCCAAAUAGCUUGUACAUUGAGACAUGAACAGAAAUGUUAUUUAAAAUCUACUCGUGGCUUCAUUUUUCCUCCCGAUAGUGUUAGGUUGAACGAACCGGUGUUGGUAUUUUGGAAAAGCUCGGCGUGUUCAUUAGCAUGUGCUUUUCCUUUGGACAUAUAGUCCGACAUAUGACAUUUUGCAGCAGAUUUUUGGCAGACUGCCAUGUGAGAAGCGAUCGAUAAUAUUGCCGUGAAUAACUGCUCAUUUACUCAACACGUUUUGUAAUAAUCACCUCAACAUUCAGUUCUGCUGCAUGUUGUUUACAAACCAAAAAAUCAUCAUUGCACAGAUAAAGGGUGGUAGUGCUCUUUCUGCUGUGCUAUGUUGGGAUUUGGGAUGCUUUUCAUUCCUGUUUGUCAGACAGGAGAAGGAAGACGAGAGGUGGCGGCGGCGGCGGCGGCGGCGCAUGAAUGUUGGCCCAAGCUUUGUGCUCUCAUUUCACUUCACUGAAUAUCACAAUCUGUUUUGUGGAUCACACAUUUAUUUUAUUCCAACAUUUUGUGUACAUGCAAAAGCGAUACAAUAUGUACGCUACAUGGGUCUGGGAAUGCACAUUUCUGUAAAUACAAUUCAGCGUCCUGAAAGCCAACUGAAUGUGAGUGAAUUAAAGUUUUCAACUGUGA